AUGGCGCAGAUGGGCGCGCCAUCAUUUUGGCGCCAGUAUCUGCUCCUGCGUUUGCCGCUAAAUCCAGAAUCGUGGGCACCCCACGAAAGCACCGGCCAUGGUCGAAGACAAGAUCCAGGCCGCCCCCACCCCGACCGUUGUGCCCCCAGCAACUGGGUUCACUAA